UACAACAGACAAACCCCUAGUAGGUAACGACGAGAGCUAUGACAUGAUUUCCUCAGACUGUUCUUGGCUCAAUGAUGUCCUGUAGCUGAUCUUCCACGCUUUGUUACAUCACCUCAGGGUUUAUGUACGAUUUAAGUCUCGAGCCGAAUUGCUGUCUCGUAUUACUGCCCAGAGCCGAUACACUAUGCCACGGACGUUGAGAGUCGUUUGCACUGUCCUUCAAAUCUUGGGUAUCCUACUUACUAUCAUGCGGCUUGGGUAUCGUGUACGGACACGCAUGAUCUGGGUGGAGGACAUGUGGGCUGUCGCAGCGCUCGUGUGUGGAGUGACCUCAUUAAUAACCGAUUGGACAAACUUCUACACCAGUGGCCAGGCGGCAAUCAUAUCAUUUUGGGUGUACGCGUUCGCCUAUCCAUCAACUGUUUGGGCUGUCCGGCAAAGUAUUCUCUUUUCUGUGGCACGGAUUUUCUGGUCGGCAAGGUCAUCGCGCUUAACAACCAUCAUAAUAGCCGUCGUUUUUCUGGUGCUGUAUGGCGCACUAACAGCACAGCGAGCUUGGCAAUAUGGCCACAAUCUUGAUUGGUACAAUCACCCUGACAAGAAUGGCAGAGCUCAUGUGUAUUUGAGCCAUCCCAUGGUUAUUUUCGAGUUGAUAACGGACUGCAUUUCUGAUGUAAUCAUUAUAUCAUUUGCCUUGCGUCUUCUGUGGGGAAUCAAGCUUCCAGCGAAAGAACGGAUAAUGAUACUGGCUGCAUUGUCGACCAGUAUAAUCGUGACAAUAGUCUCGAUUUUCCGAGCUAUCUGCCAACUUAUGCAUUUCAGGAAUACCUUGAGGAUUGCGGCUGAUCUUGAGCUCGCAGUUUCGCUCAUCACAUGCAACCUUCUGGUGGCAACAACUUAUAUCUACAGGAUCGUGAUCCGUAGACGUAAUGUUGCUGAGUCGGGGUCUGAUACAGAUGUAGGAUUUUCCCAAGCGGUCACGGCACCAGUGUCACGACCACCUGUAACACUUGACGGCAUAGGAGAGUUGACCACCGUUGACCUAACCGGUUACGGCGGAGACAGUGCAACUCAGGCAGAGCCAGAAACAGAUAUCAACAUCGAAAUGUAAACGUUCUCUGUGAAGUGCGCCCACAGCUUUGAUGGGAAAUCACAUUCUGUACAUCGUGGGGCAAUUGUGGGGAUUGCUUUGUGAUUUGCACAAACAUAUAUUAU